AUGUCGCAGACGAACUGGGAGGCGGAUAAGAUGCUGGAUGUGUACAUAUAUGACUAUUUUGUCAAGAGAAACCUUCAGGCAACCGCAAAGGCGUUCCAAGCAGAAGGCAAGGUCUCAUCAGAUCCAGUUGCUAUUGAUGCUCCUGGUGGCUUUCUCUUUGAGUGGUGGUCUGUAUUUUGGGAUAUAUUCAUAGCACGAACAAAUGAGAAGCACUCAGAUGUUGCAGCAUCAUAUAUCGAGACUCAGCUAAUUAAAGCAAGGGAACAGCAACACCAACAGCCACCUCAACAACAGCAACAGCAGCAGCAGCAAAUACAAAUGCAACAAAUGCUGUUACAUAGAGCUGCGCAGCAGCAGCAGCAGCAGCAGCAGCAGCAGCAGCAGCAGCAGUAG